AUGCUGGCAGAACAGUUUGGAGAACACAACCUUGUUGUGGCCAACGACGGCUCCCCGACAUUUUUCCGGCCACCCUGCACUUUCAGUGCCAUCGACGUCACAGCCCAUUCACCGGAGAUCCCACUGUCUUGGCGGGUUGCAGCCGACACCAUGGGCAGUGAUCACUUCCCAGUUUUCAUCGACAUCAUAGGCCUACAACGUCCUGGGGUCCACGAGAUCUCCGUUAUUCACUGGGACCGGUUCCGAGACAACCUAGGGCGAUCUACACGACCCCUCCUGGAGGCCAUCAGCGACGCGGCGAAAGAAGCCACAAUCAAGGCAUCCGUACCUACAUCCUUCCCUGCACCCGACCUGACCCUUCUAAACCUGUGUGCAGCAAGACGGAGGGCCCAGAGACUUCUGCAACACAGUAUCCUGGACAUUGUCAGUGCAGUGCAGCAUGCAGCAGCUAGCCGUAAGUCUACCGCGGCGGCAUUCUUCGAUAUUCAGGCUGCAUUCGACAAUGUGGAACCGGCAUCAGUCCUGGCCCAACUAACCUCUUGGGGUAUCACGGGAAGAGUUCAGGGCUUCCUCGAGGGUUUUCUUUCGGACAGAUCAAUCCAAGUCAAACUGAGCAACACACUCAGCCAGUCAAGACCGGUGCAACGCGGUCUACCCCAGGGCAGCGUCCUGUCGCCUCUACUCUUUAACAUCGCCAUUGCGGGCCUCCCAGCCGCUCUUCCCAACUCAAGGAUCCCGAUUGGCAUUUCUAUGUACGCGGACGACUUAUGCAUCUGGGUCUCUGGCUUCCGACACCCAACCUUGAGAGCCAUAAUGCAAUCCGCCAUAAACAAGAUCCAGGCCUUCCUCGAGAACCAAGGUCUUUCAAUUUCCGGUCACAAGGCAGCAGCCAUGGUCUUCCCAGGAAGAAACCGCCGGUUGCGGGAGGUCAAGCUCCAACUGGACUCGCAGCCCCUGCGCCUUGUAUCAAAGCACCGCUUCCUCGGCAUUACUCUUCAGAACCGCUGCAAGUGGCACGACCAGAUAAAGGCCGUCACGGCUUCCACCAUCUCUUCCCGGAACGCUGUGCGCCGGGUCGGAGGGCAGAACUGGGGCAACUCUCCCCGAUCCAUGCUGACCCUUCAUUCUUCUUUGGUGGUGAGCCGACUCAUGUAUAGCUUACCAUACAUGGACCUCCUCCCCAGUCAGGCCGACAAACUCGAACGGCUACACCGUGCGGGCCUGCGAACAUCGCUAGGCGUUCCCAGAAGCGCCAAAAACGAGAGGGUGUAUGAGGAGGCCCGGUCGCUUCCUUUGCACCUCCAAGCCUCCCAACGCCUUUUGCUGCAAGUCAUUCGUCUAGGGGAGACUCAUCCUGGCCAGUCCCUGAUCAAGAGGCUCAGGACCCGAACUCAAUCCAAACUCAGCCUCGCCACCAAGACCCUUGCCGCACUUGGAUGGGAACCCCCCCAGAUAAUCAACCCGCACGGCAGGACACCCCCUUGGGAGGCAGGCCUGCAGUUAGCCGAACUCCUACCCGGCGUCCGCAAGAAGGCCAACACGCCCCCUCUGGUUCUCAAAGCAGCUGCACAAGAACAGCUAGCAGCAAGGUACCCUCGGCAUCUACACAUAUACACGGACGGUUCGGUGGACAGGUCUCGGCAAAGCAGCACGGCAGCCUACCACAUCCCGGACUUACAAAAAGACUGGAGCGCCCGCACUACUCACAUGGUGUCGUCCACGACCGCCGAGCUGCUGGCGAUCGCAGAAGCCCUGACUGCGACGAAGUCGCUGCCUCCACAACAAAUCGUUGUCCUCACGGACUCACGUGGAGGAAUUCAGCGCAUACGCAAACCUGGUCCAUGCCCCACUGCCAACGAGGACGUCGUCCUAUUCGUCGUCCUAACGGCCGUCCUAGAGGUCGUUCUGGACGUCGCUCUUGUCGUUGUCGACGAUGUCCUCCUAGACGCCGUUUCCGACAUUGUCCUCGAUAUGUGCACGGCAAAGCAGAUGCUUUCGAAAUCCUGCACCUAA